UUGUGAUUGAGCCCACGACUUCCGAGAUCAGCGACCGGUCCUCAUUGUACACCUACUCAAGACUCUCCCACCGAUAGGAUCAUCUUUAACCCCUUUGAAGGCGAAAGCAAAGCCGUGUCACCCUUGCCCGCACGAUAUACUCCCAGCAUCCCCUGUCAUCUACAUUUCAUCUCAUCUCACCAGCACGCAGACGGACUUUCCACAUUGACCUCGCACGACUGCAAGCCUAGUGCCAACGCACGGACACAUCGCUCGAAGGUCACAUUCCACUCGCAUUUAGGUCAUCUGUUCCCCUGCAUCGGUGCUCGACAUCUACGCACGCCACGCUCGGCUCGGUGUUGCUCGAAUCGAUCCCGCUGUUUGGCUCGCAUCCAUGGCACCCAACAAGGGUGUGAGCCCUGCCAAGCCGACUUCAGAGAGCAAAUCGGCCAAUGAGAGAGCCGCACUCGCUGCAUCCAGCCAUCCAGGAUUCGUUAAUCUGGGCAACACAUGUUUCCUGAAUAGCGUGCUGCAAGGUCUCAGCGUCACCACUGCUCUGCGCGACUCCUAUCAUCCACAUCCCGCUUCCUUGGACUUGGCCACCCCCAUCGCAGACUUGGUCAGCUCGCACCAAUUGGCACUCAGACGAGGAUCUUCACCAGCAUUCGCUUCGGGCAGCAAGCUCGAAGACGCUCCGCAUGAGCAUGCUGCAUGGCCGAUAGAGCGGGCCAAGAGUCCAGUCUUGCGGCUCGUCGAUCACAGGAAUGGCAGAGUGGCAUCAGCACCCGCUAGCAGGCGACCCUCGGUGAUGUCGGCGCCCGACAGCUCCACUCCCUCUGCGAAAAGUCUGGAUGGUGCUGAGGCCAUCGAGAAUGGAACAUUUGUCAUCACAAAGGCAGACGAAAAGGAUGUUCCGCUCAACAGCGCCUUUCGCAAGGUGCUGGAGCAGACAUGGUCAGAGACCGAGGGCGGAAGGGUUGCUGUGGGAUCUUCUUCACACAAGCGAGGCAAGAGUUCUGCUUCGGUCAAUCCCAAGCCGCUGCUCACCCUCAUGACGCGCAAGUACGAUCAGUAUGGGGAAUAUGGGCAGCAGGAUGGACACGAGCUGCUGAGGCACUUGUUGGACGCAAUGCGAAUGGAAGAAUCCGAUCUCAUCAAAAAGCUGCAGCCAUCUGACAAGAAGUCUGGUCGCAGGCGAGGUUUACCCCGUAGCAAAGUUCACGCGGACUUGGCUUCCGAAAUUUCCGAAGAAGUAUCCACCCCUCGAGCUGAUGCUGUUGGCGAUCACUCGCUAGCCUCUGAGGGAGCGUCACCUGCCGAGCAGCUCGACCUUCCCAUGAGCCCUUUCAUCGAUCAUCUCUUUGGGGGCAAGCUUCUGUCAGCUGUUGUCUGCGAGGGCUGCAAGCACGUGUCGCACAAUUACGAAGAUUUCCUCGAUCUGAGCCUGGCUGUGCGGCCCGAGCUGGAGGCCAAGGGUCGCAAGCGAGACCGGAUAGCCAAGAUGGCGGACAAGUGGAGACGAUCUGCUUCGAAGCCGCCUGUGAGGCCUCGAUCUGCAGCCGAGACCCCUCGAGCGCAGCAGCGUUUGCAAGAACACCAGAUCAGCGAUGUAGAGACCGAACUGUCCACCACCUCGCGACCUUCGAGGCCCACCGAGAUCAUCCGCCCCAAGAGCGCCAUGCUCAGGAACAAGAAGAGCGAGGGCAAUUUUGAGGCGACGGCGUCCACAUCUGCCACAACGGGCACCAGCACCGAUGGCAGCUCACAGCAAAGCCAUGGACGCGAUCACGAUGCGACUGUUGAGGGGCGCGCGACUCCAGUGCCAGACCACGCGGCCAUGAAGCUGGCUCCUGACUUUGUGGCUUACACAGAUGCGGAGAGGGCGUUUGCUAGGCCUGCGGAAGGGCACAUAGGAGCCAAUUUGCUUCGGGCUGUCAGCGGGAGAAGACCAAAGACUCCUGUCUCGAGCAGCAGAAGCGCAAGUCCAAGCGGCGUUGAAGCUAGGUCGAGAGGCGAGCUUGAGGCAGAUGCAAGAGGCGUUUCGAAAAAGGGACAGCAGACGAAGCAAUCCCAGUACACGUCUAGGCUGUUUUCUGAGUUGCCAAAAGCCGAUGCGCCUUCGAAUGCUGGAUCCUUUUGGGGACGCUGGGCCGGCGCCUCUUCUCACGCUCCUCAGCCGAUUGGGUCUGUAGCAGAUGCGGCCGUAGCAGCGGCGACCUCAGCUGCGCAUUCAAGGACGUCUGGGCUUGCAGGUAGCUCCGUGUUCGAGGAAGCAGCACCACCUGAUAUUCUUGCCACGCAGCAAAACACGGAUCUCGUCAAGUCUCUAACGGCAUUUUGCGCUGUGGAAGCCCUGGAAGGAGACAACAUGUAUUCCUGCAAGCGUUGCUGGAGGCUCUCCAAUCCGCCUACACCCGCAGAACGCUUGCGACACAUACGUAAACGCACUCGGCGAGGAGAAAGCUGCGACGAGAGCGAGAAGAGCUCCGAUGACGAUGCAUCGGAGAUAGAUGCAGCCGAGUGUGAGCGUACGGUGGGUGCCCUCGCCACACGCGCUGCUGCUCUGUCCAUACCCGCAUCUAGCAGCAGCGAUCGCUCGGAAGACACAAGGGAUCUGCCAGGUCCCUUGGUCGAAGGUCAAGAUUCUGCCGUAGAUGUCGCCGCAACGGAGACUAUCACCCCUCGAACGGGCGCUUUGCUGGCCGAAGCUGCCGCUCGCGAAGCUCGAGCUGAGCCUGCUGGCGCCAUUGAUCACCUUGCAGAGAUUGAAGAAUUGCAAAGCAUCACUGGCUCUCACCCUGCGUCUAGCAGACCCAUACCUACCAUAGAGACGACGUCUCCCAAGUCGACGAGCGAUGAGCCUUCUGUCGAUUGGAGCAAGACCCGCGUACGCUUGCAGGCGCCACAGCCGAUCCGCAAGCUCGCGGCAGACGACACGUUCUCAGAUGAAGAUCUCACCUCGGAUGACGAAGCUGUGCGAGCAUCAGGCACGUCCGAGACGGAUGUGUCGUCCACAUCGGGCGCUCACACCGCGGGCUCUGCCACUGAAGCGUUCAGCUCGGACUUAGAGAACUCACAUAGAGCUCCUUCGGUAUCCUUUGCUGUGGAUGCGGCACCUAGCCAGCGCAGGCGCUCAACGCAAUCUGUGCCUAGGCGUGCGCUCAAGCGGUACCUGAUCGCAUCGACACCGCCCGUGCUCGUGGUCCACUUCAAGCGAUUCCAGCACAAUCGCUCCUUCGGUUUUGCGUCUCUUGCAGGCGGCAGCAAGAAGAUCGAUGAUUUCAUCUCCAUCCCAGAAUGGCUGGAUCUUUCGCCUUUCCUCGCUCCUCCGCGUGAGGAAUACGAUCGUCAUGGUCGUCUUAAGGCGAGCAGCGAUCCCAGAGCUCUGAGAGCCACGGAACAGUCGCAGCUUUCCGAAAGAUUAGACGACAAGAAGCACGCCAAGUGGCAUUGGCCUGGUCGGCAUCAUGGCAAGGAUCAUAGCGGCUUCAAGUCAGGCGCAAAUGGUGGAGAUCAACGCACAAAGUAUCGAUUGUACGCUGUAGUGGUGCAUGAGGGUACAAUGACGUCAGGUCACUACACGGCAUUUGUAAAGGCGCCCAUGCCCAAGACUCAAUCAGCAAACGCUGCGAAGCCCGCGACCUCGGCUGCGGCAAGUCCCACGGACUCGACUACUCCCACCACGACCGUCGCCGACCAGACCAACGUGCUGGCUUCUCAUCAUGCGGCAGCGCCAGCAGAGCCCGCAGUCGCUUCUCCGCGCGCACCUGUGGCGCAAGAAGCAUCGAGCGAAGUCAGCCCGCACACUUCCGCUGCGACGACUUCUUCUGCUAGCUCAAGCUUGGCAAGCCUUCAGCUGACGCCUGCCGAGUCUGGCGGUAGUACGGCCGCUUCUAGCAACCGAUCGUCCGCCAGCAAGGCAAGCACGCCGGCGACUAGCGGCGCUGCGGCGUCGCCAUUCCCAGCCGAGGAGAGGUAUUGGCUCUACACCUCUGACACUUUUGUCCGACCUGCAAGCUUGGAGGAGGUUCUACGCGCAAAGGUGUACAUUGCAUUCUACGAGCGCGUCUAGAAAAGAAGUCGCCGUAUUAGAAACGCAUCAGACUAUCAUGCAAUAGCAUCCUUUAAUGGCAUCUUCCAUGUGCAAUAAGCCCGCAUGACUACA